AUGGAGCACAUGAAGGAGGUGGAUUCGCUGAGGGAGGAGACUGAAGAGCGUGAAGGAGGAGGAGAAUGGAACGAAAUGAAAGAAGAACCUUUUGUUGUGAAAUAUCUGACAGCUAGGAACUGUUACCUCCAUUUUUCAGAUUAUUGGUCAAAACGACUAUCUAAUUUAGGAGCUUUAACCUCUGCAUUGAGGGUUGAUUAUAAAAAUGGAAAACAUGCAUUUUUCUCGUGGAACCCACAAUUUCUUAAUGCUGAUGACGACUCUGUUGUUCGUGUCAGUGCAACUUAUGCUCAGAAACUUGGCAUUGAUGAUGGUGAAAAGGUUACUAUUACUUUUCAUAAUCAUGUUGCAUCUGUAUCAAGAGUUGUCGUGUCUCCAUUAACAACAGAUGACUUUGAAAUAUUGGCAAUGAAUCAGGAUCUUUUGCAGUCUGGAUUACUUGAUCAAAUUCAAAUUGUAUGGCCUGGACAGACAUUUGUUGCUUGGGUUGGGACAUCUAUGCAUGCUGUUCUUAAUGUUGAUUCAGUUGAGCCUAAGAGUCAAAUAGGAAGAUUGCAGACCUUGACAGAAAUAAUUAUCAAUUCUCCCUCAGAAAAGCUUGCACAAGGUGACAUUCUGACUGCUGAUGUUCAAGAUGAAAUUAAAAAUGAAGAACAGUCUGCAACUACAGAAGAGGAAGACCGGGAAGAAGACUCUUAUCUCCCCAAAACAAGUUCUGUUGUUUCUUUUAUAUGGGAUUCUGUGCAAGGUAUUUCUUCUAGAUUGUGGGGGAAAGAAGAAUACGAAAAAGACAUUAGUAGGCGAAGUGAACAUAGUGUUACAAAUCUUUUGUCUGAGAAACUAAAACUACUUGAACCUCUAGUGUACAGGGUUCACCCCUUUCAGUUUGCUGAUGAAAGUAAAAUCUCAUCUCAAUUUUUACAUCCAUACAAUGCAUACAUUCACAAGACAAAUUUGCUUAUUCCAUUAUUAUGUGCUAGGCAAAGUUUGGUUGUUAAAUUAGUACCUGUUUCAUUUGUUUCGAAGUCAAAUACACCCGGAACUGAGGAAGAAAAAAAAGUGAAUGAGAAAGAGAAGUUUUUAAAAUUGAACAGUUCUGACUCAGUGUAUGUGAAAUUAUGUAUCAUAGAUGAUCUUCUGAAUAAAACAGAUGAAGAAAUGAAUAAAGAAAUUAAUAGAGUCUUUGAUAGCGGUGGGCAGCACUGUAUCUUCUUGCCCAGUGCAGUUCGAGCUGCCUUGCAUGUUAAAACAGGAGCACGCGUGAGACUGGAGGUAGAUGGCACUCCGUUUCAACAGCCUGUUUCUCUUGAACUUAUGACAAUUGGCAGGACUUGCAGCCCAAAAGAUACAGAGAGCAUAUGGAAAAAAUACAUGUUACAACUCUGUGGAGAAAGUGAUAUAUUAAUAAAUUCAAAUUCUAUAGUUCCUGUUCUGUCAUCAGACAAUACGAUUCAUCAUAUGUCAGUGAAAAUACUUGACCCUUCUGUGCCGUACUGUUUACUUACAAAGAGUUCUCUGGAAAAAAGUAAAAUUAAAAUUGGUUUAAGCAAGAGCCUUGGUGUUUCAGUUCCUGAUGAUCGAUUAAAAAUAUUAGAGAAAUUAUUGGAAAGUAAAGUUUCUCUUAAACAGACACAAAUUGAUCUUGAUUCUUUUGCUAAAAAAAGUGAUGGCUACGUGGUCCAAGAUUUGGUAGAUUUUAUGGAGAAAGCUGUAUUUGAAGCUUGGAAGCGUAAAGCUUUAGCUGAAGAUUUUUCAGAAGGGGAUCCAGCCUUGCAGAAUGAAGACCUGGAGAAGGCGUUUCAAGUGAUGAAACCCUUAGCGUUGCGUGGAGUAGAGCUGGUUCAGGAUGCAGGGCUGUGUUGGGCAGACAUAGGAGGACUCAGUGAUGCCAAAAAGCUUCUUGUGGAAAUGUUGGAGUGGCCUGUUCAAGGUCCAGAACUUCUUUCCAAAUACAUCGGUGCUAGUGAGGAAGCAGUGAGGACAAUUUUUCAAAAGGCUCAAAGUGCUAAACCAUGUGUACUCUUUUUUGAUGAAUUUGACAGCUUGGCUCCCAGGAGAGGCCAUGAUAGCACUGGUGUCACUGACCGAGUGGUGAAUCAACUGCUGACUCAAUUGGAUGGAGUUGAGGCCUUAAACAGUGUGUGGGUUUUGGCUGCUACCUCUCGCCCAGAUUUACUAGAUCCUGCAUUGCUGCGUCCUGGAAGAUUAGAUAGCGCAGUUCUUUGUCCUCUGCCAACAAAGGAAGAUCGUGUGGCGAUCUUACAGUCUCUGAGCCGUAAAUUGUUUCUGGCUGAAGAUGUGGACCUGUCAUCAGUUGCUGAGAAAACUGAAGGGUUUACUGGUGCAGAUCUUCAGGCAAUAAUUUACUCUGCUCAAUUAGCCGCAGAAAUGCUGUAUAUAAAAGAUAAAAAUGUCAAAGGACCUAUUCGGAUCACUCAGAACCUUCUACUAGCUGCUCUAAAAGACACACGACCAUCAUUGAAUGAGAAAGAGCAACAAAAAUACAAAAGAAUAUAUGAACAUUUUGAAAAGUCUCGGUCCAGUUCUUCAAAAGGAAAGAAGUCCAUUUCUACCACCACUCCUCCUCCUCCUCCAUUGCAGCAGAAAGACGUAUUAAAUAAAUUAAAAGUUUUGGUAAUUUUAGGCAUAAAUGCCUGGAAAUAUCCCAGUAACUUACUUUUAUAUAAUAUGGUAAAUCUUAGUCUUGAUAUUAAAACGUGUAUUUCUGUUUUAUUCUCUAAUAAUGUUCAUUAUAUUACUUUAUUUCUUGAAUGUUAUUGUCUUGAAGUUCUUCAUAAAAUAACUUUUAAAGUAAAUAAAGUGAUGUUUAAUCUAUUUUUUAAAAAUAAAUUCUAACAUCAAGAUAUAUUUCAUAUUGUUUUUUGAAAUAUACAAAAUUUUGUGAAGAACAGUAAAAUUUUUAAUAUAAUAGAAUAAAAAUAACAAUUGUUUU